GAGAGUCACUGAGAGAGCUUAUGUGAUCGGUCCUGGGCAAAGCACUUGUGGCAAACAUGGGAGCAAAACUGCUGUGCCUCUGCAUCGCCUUCACCCUCGUGGCGUACUACAUCUACAGCCCCAUUCCGGAGAACGUCGAGCAGCCCUGGAAGCUAAUGCUGGUGUCGACGGUGUUCAGGACGCUUGGGCACGUGGCUGAGGCUGCUGAGCGACUGGGGCUGGCGAACUACAUGGAUGUCCUGAUGCUGUUCUCGACCGCUGAGCACGUGGCACCGACCUCAGACGAGAACGUGACAGUGACAGACACGGAGCUCAGCGGCGUUGCCGUCCGCCUCUUCCUGCCCAAAAAGCCAGCGGAUGGGCUGCGGAGGGCAGUGCUCUACUUCCACGGCGGAGGGUGGUGCGUUGGGGACGCAGGCAUGAAAGGCUAUGACUUUCUGGCAAGAAGGACUUCAAGCCAAUUAAAUGCUGUUGUGGUAUCAGUCAACUACAGGCUGGCACCCAAAUACCACUUUCCAGUGCAGUUUGAAGACGUGUAUUCGGUGUCGAAGUUCUUCCUGCAGAGCAGAGUGCUCUCCCAGUACGGCGUAGACCCAACGCGGGUCUGCGUUGCAGGAGACAGCGCCGGCGGCAACCUGGCAGCGGCUGUGGCACAGAAGCUGCUGGAGGACUCUGAAGUCACAACGAAGCUGAAGGCCCAAGCUUUGAUUUAUCCCGCUCUUCAAACCCUGGAUCUGAACUUGCCAUCUUACCACCAAAAUGCAGACAUGCCGGUUCUGUCCAAGUCGCUCAUGGUCAGGUUCUGGAGUGAAUAUUUCACUUCCGAUCCAUCUCUCAGGGAAGCGAUAACGUCCAACCGCCACGUCCCGGCCCAAUGGGGCCACCUGUUCCAGUUUGUGAACUGGAGCACCUUGCUGCCCGACAGGAUGAAGAAGGGCCACGUUUACACCGGCCCAGUGUUUGGGAGCCCUGCUCUGGCAAAGAAGUACCCGGGGUUCCUGGACCGGCGGGCGGCCCCACUGCUGGCAGCAGAGGCACAGCUGCGGGGGCUGCCCCCCACCUACAUCCUCACCUGCGAGCACGAUGUGCUGCGGGAUGAUGGAGUCAUGUAUGCCACGCGCCUCAAGGCAGCGGGUGUUCCCGUCACACAUGAGCACGCUGAGGACGGCUUCCACGGGGCGCUGAUAUUUGUCACCAGCCCGGCUGACAUGGCCGUGGGGCACAGGCUGCUGGGCAGGUGUUUGUGUUGUCCUGCACUCCUUCCACGCUCACUGAACUGAGGAAUGAAGCCAGGCAAAAUGGACGGCAGUUCUUGAGGUGCUUCGUAUCUACUGAGCCAUGAGCGCUGGGAGCUGGCAGUGAGCAUCCCAUCCCAUCCCAUUCCAUCCCAUCCCCAUCCCUGCUGAUGGCGGAAGGCAGCGGCUCUUGCCCCGCUCCUGCAGUUGGUUGCUGCUCAGUGGGAGCAGUGCUCGUCUCUCCAGGGAAACAGCUUUUGCACAUAGGUCCGACUUUCCCACCAUCCCAUCUGGGAAGGAGGGGUUCUGCAGCUCUGGGCAUGGAGGAAAAUUGUGUUGGACUUUUCGAAGUGUGCGUUGUUAAGAUCUGUUCCUGCAGGGGACAAAGUUUAAUUGAAUGGCCGAAACAAUUUCAGGACUUCCCUCUUUUUCACACCUUGGAUAUAAUUGGUGCAAUUCCAAAGAACAGAUGGCAAAGUACUCAAGGAGCUGUUGCACAGGACGUGCAUUAUCAGAACCCGUUAUGCAAACAGCAUUCCACAUGCAGUCAUAACACUGCAGGCUUGUUCGUGUGUUCCUCUCAUAAAAGCAGAAUUGCACAUAGAGAAACGUGGGAGUGGAGGGAUUUGGGUUUUAUCUGCGACUCUGUCCAGCUCAGAGAAGGAAUGAGUCACAGUUAUCCUGGGACGCAGGUAAACCUGGUGCUGAAAAAGGUAAGGCAAACGUGUGUUGUUCCAUCCCUUUGCAGCAAAGGUAGGAGCGGGUGAGGCUGCUGUGCCUUACAGCACAUGGGUAUGCUGCUGUGUGCGCUGUGCCCAGCUGCUCUCUGGCAUCCCUCUGCUCUCUCCUGCAAGCCCUAUGGCCUCUGAUCAUUCUGGCAUUUGUUACCUGAGGGUCUCUGCCCUGCUCCGUGCUGCUCACUGGGGUAUCUGGGUGGGGGCCAACCCCCUGCUCUGGGGGCUCUGCUCACAGCCAAUGCCGGUGACCUGAGCCAAAUGCAAAUGUGUCCACAAUGAGCCAUCCAAUAUGCGUGACUCAUUUGAUAGGCCUCAAUAUAACAUACACCAACUAAAGGGUCCUUAAUGACAACAAAUGUGUCUGACUUUCUUCUUCAAAGCCCCCAGGAUGCUAAAGAACCCCAAGAAUUUAAAAGCACAGCCCUGACUGAUGGCUGAGCCUGCCCCGUCUCCAGCCAGAGGCACAUCAGGCUUUGAAGACUUGCUUUGAAUGGACGGGGAGUGGUAUGGUGAAGCUUUCGGAAGCAACGCUCCAGCAGCUUGCCUGCAGGACAGCACACACCUGCAUGCAUCUGCACACAUCCACGCGCACGGCGCAGUGCUGCGCUCACUGGGGCGGGUUGCUGUUUGAAUUGCUGGUGGUGGCAUUGCGUUGCUUCCCUGUGACAAGAGGUUGUCCUCAGUGUUCUGAAGAGCUCUAAACCUCUUGUGGCCAAUAUAUCAGCAGAGUUGGAGGCAGAUCCAGAAGGUAGUAUGGUUAGGUUGCAGUUGGACUUGAUCAUCUUUAAGGCCUUUUCCAACCUGAGCAAUUCUGUGAUCCUAAGGGAAAAGCUGUCAAGGAAGUGCAUUGCUCCCCACUCCCCCCUUCCCUCUGAGCUGUCAAUAUUCUAUACAUAUUCCUAUUUACUAUAGGAUGAAAAAGCAAUGGCCUUCUGCUAUCAUCAAAAUGUAUGAGAUCUGCUCCAGCGAGCGGCUGGGUGGGCACGUGUGCCUGCUGGCUUACCCACUGCAGGGGUCUCACGUAGGCUGCUCCCUUACGGUCAGCUUCUGUGGUAACACCUCCACUCGUCCUGCAGCACCUCAUCUGCUGCAGGGUGCCUCCGUUGGCCAUGAGUCAUGACUGGUGAGUCAUCACUGAUGGGUUGACCCAUCAUGUGAUAGGUUUCUUUGCUGCUCCUUCCAUUCCGUUUUGAAUUUUUUAUGGCUCAUAUCAUGAUAGUGAUGCAAAGAGGAAGAUGUUGCUCCAGCGUUGGCAGCCACCUCCCGACAGCCGGAGCCGGCAGGCUGGGUAUGGAGUGGACAUGGCGGGUUGCUGCUGGCUGUGUGAGCAGGUGUGUGGCACUGCUGCCAGAGCUCAGGGCUGUUACUGCUGCCUGUGGCAGAGCCCCUGAACUCCCCUAGUAGCUGGUACAGCAGAUAAGCAGGCCUGGAAGAGUGAAAUGGAACCCCUAUGCACUUUGUAGCUGGCUCCAUCCAUCCCACCCUAUCACUUGGUGGUCGUGCUGGCUGUACAGCACAGCAGCACUGUGAGUUGGGCAGGUGCUGCUCGUGCUGGAGCUGUUCUGGCUGGGUCACUGUGCUGUACCCAGGGCAGCUCACAGCACGG